AUGUUUUAUAGCCACGAAAUCCUAAUGAGCCGCCAAUAUGGUGUCGCUACUAUCUGGCUCGUCGCCACCAUUGGAUCCGGAGGUGGAAAGAAGAGAGUGACCAAAAAGGCCAUACAAGAUGUCGAUGUGCAGAAGGCAUGUGGAAAAAUCAUCGAGCCGGGUGCCCCAGUGGCACUGCGUCUUCAGGGUCAGCUCCUUUAUGGUGUAUCGAGGGUUUACAGCCAGCAAUGCGGCUACAUGCUGUCCGAAUUGCAGAAGAUUCAUACGAACAUGCAUAUCUUCUUCACCAAAUUCGGCGAGAACCAGCUCGAUCCGGAGGCCGGACUGGCAAAGCCAGAGAACCUUUUAAUCAUGAACGACCCCGACUUUGUUCCGGAUAUGAUGCUCCCCAAGUUUGACCUUGAUGCCCUGGCAGCUAGCCAAGCAACCCAGAAGACAUCUUCCCAGAUGUCACCUCUUGACAGCACAAUCCUUUUGGGAUCUCAUACUUCGCAAAGUCCCGCGCCAGGUUACGAUAUCCAAUUUGACUUUCAUCAUUCAUCCUCUCCAGGCCCCCCAGGUUCACCGGGCGGUCUUCAAGGUCUUUCAUCUGCGCGCAAGCCUGAGAGAGAACAAAGAAUGCUUCCCGAGGAUGACAUCUUCGGAGGAGCUGGAGAUUGGGGAAUGGAGAUAGACGAGCAUGGGAACAUCAUCGAAGUAGAAGAACCUGCUAUAGUCCAAGACGACUUUGAUCUACCCCCUUUCCCCGCGAUGGAAGGCGGCAUUCAAGAGCGAUUAAAUGCCGAGCAGCAGAAACAGCCAGCGGUGGACGACGAAGGCGAUGUUAUUAUGACGGAUAACGCGCAGCAAGCAGGCGACGUGGCGACAGCACAUCCGCCGAGUGAGCAUCAUAAUGCCUUCUUAUCUGAUGAUCAUCACCAACAACAUCAGGCCCCUUCCCGACGAAAGCGAAAGCCUCGCACUUUGCAUGCCGAUGCAGAGACGCAGAUCUCACGAACUGCCAUAAACAAGUGGCAGGAGGACUACUUGGUGAAUUGUGGUGGCCCGAAGAUACGAGCCACUGGAGCAGCGAAGGCAAAAGCGAAUGCCAUGCUCCUGACGUUUGGUCUGGGUCUAGGAAAUAUCGGUCGGAACAUUGGUGGCCCAGGAAUGAUCCAUCCUCUUGCACUCGACUUCUCGGGCGAUUCGUUAUUUACCGCAAUUACCGGACUUGCGGUACAUGGUGCGCCUCGUGGUCAACGUCGAUCCGCAUCCGAAUCUAUUGAAGAUGGCUCUGAGCAAGGACGUCGAGUUAGGCCGCGACUCGAGGGUGAUGAUGUUCAGCUAGGUCGUAGUGAUGACGUCUUCGCCCAAGAUGGACAACAACUUCACGACUCUCCCGAAGUUGGUCGAGAAGCCCAGGCAGCCAUGUCAGACCACCUAUCUUCCGCUCUCAACAUGCCCUGGAACCGAGGAUCCUCCAACAUACCAGGCUCAUCCCUCCGCGGGUCCGCCCAAAAAGGGCGCAUCCCAUCCAGCCCCCUAGCCGGGCGCGGCAACAUCCAAGACAUAGUCCGCUUCAGCGACGCCCCCUCCCUCGACAACGACGGCGGCGGUUUCGAUUUCGGCGGGGGCUUCCCCUCCGACAACGACGCCUUCGACGGCUUCAACCUCUCCCCCAAAGGCGCGAAACACCCCUCCCCCCACCAAAGCGAGCCGCAGAACACGAACGCCUGGCCGACCCUCGAUAUCGAAGGUAAGAACUUCCUCUCGUUCAUGCACUCCGCUAUCCGCGAGAACGGCGAGCGCAGGCUCGACGAGGAUUUCGAUAUCGACCGUCGAUGGGUCGCUUUCGACGACCUAUUCGUCCCGCGCGACACGAACCGGCAGACUGCUGCCCAGGCGUUCUUCCAUGUCCUGUGCUUGACCACGAAGGGGCGGUUGCAGGCUCAGCAGGAUGGUGCGCCGCAGGUUCCGUUUGGGGGGAUUUGGGUUGGGGUUAAGAUGGGUGAGGUUGGUGCUGGUGGAUAG